GGUGUGCUGGGGGUGUUCUGUCGGCGUGAGACGGGGAGGCACCGGCUGCGGCAGCGGUGUGAGCGAGGGGCAGCCUGCUGCAGGAAUUAAAGCCACGCCAAUUCCCACUCAUUGAUAGAUAAACCCUUCAGUUUAUACCUGCUUAUACAAACGCAGCCGGCAAAAAUGGUAGACCGUGAGCAGUUGGUGCAGAAAGCCAGGCUGGCUGAACAAGCCGAACGGUACGACGAUAUGGCAGCCGCGAUGAAAUCGGUAACAGAACUGAAUGAAGCCCUUUCCAACGAAGAAAGGAAUCUUCUGUCCGUUGCUUACAAAAAUGUGGUAGGAGCGAGACGCUCAUCUUGGAGGGUGAUCAGCAGCAUCGAGCAAAAGACCUCUGCAGACGGCAAUGAGAAGAAGAUUGAGAUGGUGCGGGCCUACAGGGAGAAGAUAGAAAAGGAGCUGGAAUCUGUGUGCCAAGAUGUGCUCAACCUCUUAGACAAUUACCUGAUCAAAAACUGCAGCGACACACAGUAUGAAAGCAAGGUCUUCUACCUGAAGAUGAAGGGAGACUAUUAUCGCUAUCUUGCCGAGGUGGCGUCUGGCGAGAAGCGUGCCACGGUGGUGGAGUCCUCGGAGAAGGCAUACGGUGAGGCUCACGAGAUCAGCAAGGAGCACAUGCAGCCCACGCACCCCAUUCGACUGGGCCUGGCCCUCAACUACUCGGUCUUCUAUUACGAGAUCCAGAAUGCUCCCGAGCAGGCCUGCCACUUGGCCAAGACCGCCUUCGAUGAUGCCAUCGCCGAGCUCGACACCCUCAACGAGGACUCCUACAAGGACUCGACCCUCAUCAUGCAGCUUCUUCGCGACAAUCUGACGCUCUGGACAAGCGACCAACAGGACGACGAAGGCGGGGAAGGGAACAAUUAAGCCCUGGGGGGAGGGGGAAACUGGCUGCUGCAGCUGCGACCGCAGUCUUUUUUUUUCCACUUGGGGUGGGGGAGGGAGAGCUUCUGGUUACCCCCUCCCCUCACUCUCCGCCCUGUUGACGCCUCUUCGACAUUUGCCAAAACACCACUAGCGGAAAGUCAGACUUGGCCGUGCUGGUUCGGAAUGGGAGCCACACACUGGCAUUUGGACUGUUCUGUAGUUAAAUAAGUGGAGUUGUUUCAUUUAACGUAAAGCUAGACAGAAGUAAAACUUGAAUGAUGAGGUCUGCACAAAAAAAUACUCUUGUGGUUUCGGUAACCUCCAUUCUUUUGAAAAAAUUCAAGUAUUAACAAAAUACAGUAUAAAAUAUUUUAUUUAUUUCAGUUUGCCUAUUUAAAAAAAAAGCAACUAAUUUAUAAAGCCAUAGAUGUGCUCCUGGGCUCUGAUUUUCCUAAAUUAGAAAUUGAUCGUGGCUCAAGUCCUGAAAUAAAUGACGACUUGCAAAGAACAAUAUUUCUAGAUUUAAAUAAUAACUGGAUCUAAAAAAUUGAUCUACCAGCAUCAGGGCCUAGUUUAAAACUGCUGGCAGAUGUAUUGCUUUUUUUUUUGAAGGACUUGUGCCUUUUUAUGAUUAGGAGAAACUUCUGUUGGCCAAUUGGAUGUUAUGAGCCUACCACUGGUGGCAUCUUAGACCAGAGAUUAGUUCUGUUACUACUUAGACCCCUCCACAUGUUACUGGAAGCAUAGGAUCAUUUUUUUGGGUCAGGCUGAAUCGAGGGCAGAUUUCAUAAAAAGAAAAAUAAUGGGGAUUGAUCUUCAAGCAGCUUAUUUGUUUUUUUUAAAAAGAGAUGCACUUGCCUAUUAUGCUGUCUUAUCAAGUGUAAUAUUAUUAUGCUUCAAUAUUGUGCAUGCUGGUGAUGUAUUUAAACAGUAGCUCAGAUUUAUUAACUUAUAGAUGUGAUGUAUUCUAAUGGCAAAAAUACUAGUCUUCAUAUGUAACUGAUUUGCUGGAAUACACUUUACCCAAAUGAUCGUAACAGUUGAUUGGUCUGUUCUGGACGUUACUAUAGUGACAUGCAAUUAUGUAAUUGACUUGUUGAAAGCACCAGUGUUCUAGCUUAAUCUUGAUGUCUGGUGUUUUGUUAUAGUGAAAUUAUUACAGUGUAGGAGCUUUUACCAGAACUUGUUAGUAUGAGGCUUCUGUUUGUGCUUUUGUCAUGUUAUGCAGUGAACUCUUACAGUUUGAGCAAGUGACUUGAUUAUUUUAUCUCCAACCCAGUGUAUCUGUGGGGAAACCCUUCCACACAAUGGACCAUUCCUUGGCAAUUUUAUCAGUGAUGGAAUAUCUUGAAUGUGAGUCAUUAUGUAGCAGUCGCACACAGGCUAAUAAAAUCGCAAAUCAGUU